GAUGCAACACGAAAAGUGGCUGCAAAAAAACUAAGUUCUGGGACAGCCACCAAGAGAAGGCAUGCUAUCUAUCAAUUCAAGGCUUCAGCACCUAGCAAUGUCAAUUCAACACCAAAGGCGACAGUCAGUUGUUGCUAUGAUUAGAAAAACACCUGAACAGGUAGUAGAUCAAAGGCGUGCAAAGGGCUUUCAACCCACCAUUGAGUCCGUCACAAAGACCAAGGAGGAGAAGCAAUAUGUGGAUAUGCAAUGGGCACUAUGGUUCAUGGAGUGUGGUGUCGCCUUUAAUGCAGCAAAUUCAAGGCAAUUUGAACUUGCUUGUGAGGCAACAGCCCAAUAUGGUUCAGGGUACAAGCCUCCAACUAACCAGCAGCUUGGUGAACCUUUGCUUCAAGAAUGUGUUAAGGUGACAAGUGCCAUGAGGAAGGACCAUGAGCAGGCCUGGAAGCAAUAUGGUUGUACACUAAUGUCAGAUGGAUGGACUGACAUGAGAGGGCGCCACUUGAUUAAUUUCCUUGUGAACAGCCCUGAGGGAACGUACUUUUUGGAGUCAGUUGAUGCAUCAAGUGAAGUUCAUAGUGCAACAAUGUUAGCUGAGUUGUUACAGGAGAAGAUUGAGGGCAAUGUUGUUCAAGUUGUCACUGACAAUGGCACUAACUACAAGGCUGCUUGUAAGAUUUUGAUGGAUAGGAUUCCCACACUGUUUUGGAGUCCAUGUGUUGCGCAUUGCUUGGAUCUGCUGUUGGAAGAAAUUGAGAACUUGAAGGCAUUUAAGAAACCUAUUGCACGUGCUAGACGUGUCACCACAUUCAUAUAUAGGCAUGGGAGGCUUCUUAGGGGCUGUUUGUUUCCCCUCACUUUUUCUUAG